AUGACCCCCCCACAAGACGUCCCCGGUGGCAUCAGCAACCUGGCCCGCCAAGUCUCGAACAGCCUCUCCCUCAGCACGAGCCCGAACCUCCAAUUCCACAGCCCACCAAACAGCUUCCGGGCGCCGCCGCACGACAGCGUCAGCCAGGGCCGCUCAGGCAGCUACUCCCAAGAUGUGCUCUCCGCGAACCAGAUGGCGCAGCGCCUGAAGCCGUUCAACACAAAGGAGAUCAAGGUGCUACUGCUGGAGAACGUCAACACGGCGGGAAUUGAGAUCCUCAGGAAGCAGGGCUACCAGGUCGAGGCGCUCAAGGCCAGUCUGCCCGAGGACGAGCUGAUCGAGAAGAUCCGCGAUGUGCAGGUCGUCGGUAUCCGCUCGAAGACCAAGCUCACCAAGAGGGUACUCAACGAGGCCAAGAACCUGAUUGUCAUCGGCUGCUUCUGCAUCGGCACAAAUCAGGUCGACCUCCAGACAGCCGCCGAGAGGGGCAUCGCCGUGUUCAACUCGCCGUUCAGCAACUCCCGCUCGGUCGCUGAGCUCGUCAUCUCGGAGAUUGUUGCGCUUGCGCGUGAGCUCGCCGACCGCUCGAUGGAACUGCACAACGGUGUGUGGAACAAGGUCAGCAAGGGCUGCUGGGAGGUUCGCGGAAAGACACUGGGCAUAGUUGGAUAUGGACACAUUGGCAGCCAGCUGAGCGUGCUGGCCGAGUCCAUGGGCAUGCAGGUCAUCUACUACGACGUCGUGACCAUGAUGGGUCUAGGAACAGCGCACCAGGUCGAGACACUCGAUCAGUUGCUCGAGACGGCUGAUUUCGUCUCUCUCCACGUGCCGGCGACAGCGGACACCAAGAACUUGAUUAGCACAGCGCAGUUUGAGAAGAUGAAGAAGGGCAGCUACCUCAUCAACAACGCCCGCGGUACCGUGGUCGACAUCCCCGCGCUCAUCGAGGCCUCGCGCUCUGGCAAGCUCGCCGGCGCUGCCAUCGACGUCUUCCCCCACGAGCCUGCCGGCAACGGCGACUACUUCACCAACGACCUGAACUCGUGGACUAAGGACCUCGUCGGCCUCAAGAAUAUUAUCCUGACACCCCACAUCGGUGGGUCCACAGAGGAGGCGCAAAGCGCAAUCGGCGUCGAGGUGUCCACUGCCCUCGUCCGGUACGUCAACGAGGGCGCCACACUGGGAGCCGUCAACAUGCCCGAGGUCAACCUGAGGGGUCUGUCGCUCGAGGAGGCGAACUGCAUGCGCGUCAUCUACAUCCACAAGAACGUGCCCGGUGUGCUGCGACAGGUCAACGGCAUCCUGCUCAACCACAACAUCGACAAGCAAAUGUCCGACUCGAGAGGCGAGGUGGCGUACCUCAUGGCGGACCUCAGCGACGUCAAGGAGGAUGAGAUUAGGGAUCUGUUCCAGAGCCUGCAGGAGCUAUCGUCGUGCAUCCGCACGCGUGUGCUGUACGGCUAG